UCUGUCUCUCUCUGUGUUCAUACCUCCAAAUCUACUUUUUCUUUUGUUUCUUCCAUCACUACUACAAAGAGAGAUUGAGAGUGAGUUUUUUAAAUUUUAAUUUGUUGGAGGAGAGAGAGAUAUCAAAUCAGAUGAUGAUGAUGAUGAGUCAGAAGAAGGAAUUAGAGGGCGGUUCUUCUUCUCUUUCUCAGCCACCGUAUCAUGUAAUUCAUAAACUCCCACCUGGAAACACCCCUUACGUCCGUGCCAAGCACGUCCAGUUAGUUGAGAAGGAUCCAGAAGCAGCUAUAGUUUUGUUUUGGAAGGCUAUAAAUGAGGGUGAUAGAGUAGAUAGUGCUCUCAAAGACAUGGCAGUAGUUAUGAAACAGCAAGAUAGAGCAGAAGAAGCAAUUGAAGCUAUAAAAUCUUUCAGGGAUCGUUGCUCCAGACAAGCUCAGGAAUCAUUGGACAAUGUCCUUAUUGACUUGUUCAAGAAAUGUGGGAGAAUGGAGGAGCAGAUUGAACUAUUGAAACGAAAGCUUCGGAUGAUUUACCAUGGAGAGGCCUUCAACGGUAAGGCUACCAAGACGGCUCGCUCUCAUGGAAAGAAGUUCCAGGUUACAAUCAAGCAAGAGACCUCCAGAAUACUGGGAAACUUGGGAUGGGCCUAUAUGCAACAAGGAAACCAUAUGGCCGCAGAAGUAGUCUAUCGUAAAGCUCAAUUAAUCGACCCUGAUGCAAACAAAGCCUGCAACUUGUGCCUGUGCCUGAUCAAGCAAAGUCGACAUGCUGAGGCACAGUCAGUUGUUGAAGAAGUAUUGCAGGGUAAACUUGCAGGGUCCCAAGACCCCAAGUCAAGAAAUCGUGCAGAGGAGCUGGUGCAGGAAUUAGAACAACACCAACCUGCACCAACAUCUCCAAACAUGUCAAGAUUAAGUAUAGAAGAUGCUUUCAUUGAGGGGCUUGACCAGUUGAUGAACCAAUGGACCCCAAUAAGAUCAAAGAGACUUCCAAUCUUUGAAGAGAUCUCUUCAUUUAGAGAUCAGUUAGCUUGUUAAUGUGGUCUUUUAAUGUUUGAUUGUGAAUCUUGUUUGUUUAUGUGAAAAGGAGGGUGAGGAGAGAUUCAAUUGAAUCUGGGGUGCCAGUGUAAGUGUAACAAAUGAGCAUUUUCAUAGUACUGUAUAUUUUUUCUUCGAGUGUCUUUUUGUAAUAGGAGUGCUUACGUUUUCUAGUGGGCCUGACUUGUGUCUUUUACCAGUUUGGAGAUAGCAUGAUUGACCUAUAGUUGGUUGUCCUUAUUGAAGAAUAAAGAAGGCAGUAA